GCUUGAAUACCAACUACAAACAUUUAUUACUCUGACUAGCCUUACAACAACGAGUACCAACGUCUCGCCUGAGUUAUCACGCCCUGCCAUCUACCAGCUGCGAGACUGCAACAUCUUUUCUCUAUCAUCGAUGGAUGCUAAAACACCAAAUUCACGCCUGACUACUGAGUCACUCAGUCUUGCCGGCAGCAAUUUUUCCACCCCUUCUGUCUCGGCCACCUCGACGCCCACGCUAGAAUCCCACGAGUUCGUCGGUGGCUUUGCUCACAAGCUCUUGACAAAUCCUCUGCCACCUCUUUCGCGAGAGUAUCCGAAGCCCGCCAACGAGAUCGACGUCAAGGAGGCUCUCGAGCGCCAGCCCGGGAGAUGGAGCAUCCAGGGCCAGAUCAAGGCAAACCAAAUCAGAGCCCAACACGCUGCACUACAACCUGACGACAAGGAGCGGAAAACGAGAGACUUUGAGGCGGCCAAGCGGGAACUGCUAGCGUUUCACGACAGCGCCCUGCAGAAGGCUUCUGGCGCAAGACGAUGAUGCCGAUUACGCUGACGAUUUUACGUGCUUUGGUUUCUAUUUGCGUGGCGCAACGAUUGAGCGGAUAUAUACCCAUAGAGAGUGUCCGAGUGGCUACUGGGGAGUAGAGCAUCAGCAGGCUAGAGAUAUUUUCCAGAGGGAGAAAAUUGAUUUGUUAUGAUGAACCUUC